AUGUCAGACAAAGAAAUUGUCACCGGCGGCUGCCUCUGUCGCCAAGUUCGCUACGAGGCCACCGGUGCUCCGGUGAUGAGAGUGAUAUGCCACUGCGAUAACUGUCGCAAAGUCACCGGAUCCAUCUGCAUGGCCAAUAGCUUCUAUCUCAAAUCUCAAUUUCGCAUCCUCGCCGGAGAAGAUGUUAUAAAAACCUACGACGACAACAACACCGAUUCCGGAAAUGUUUUAAAUCGGUCUUUCUGCUCGAAUUGUGGAUCUUGCCUUUUUACGACAAGCACCGUUGAUGGCGUUACUGCGGAUGCGGUGGUGCUGACUUCAGGGACGAUGGACUUUGGUGGUGGGAAAGAAGACUGGGUUCCUCAGAGAGAGUUUUAUUGUAAGGAUCGGGCCACCUGGUUGCCGCCUUUAGAGAAUACCAUCCAGUCGAGUGGUAUGUGA